GCGUUGAAGAGAAGAGGAAGAAAGGCAAAGCCUAUUUAUACAAACGACGCUCUUAAUCCCCCCUUUUAUACAAAGCCAGAGAGAGACUUCUCCACAGAGCAAACCCAACCCAACCCAACCAAACCAGAGAAUAAGAAACAUACAAGAAAACAGACACACACACACCAACUACUUAUCACAAACUCAAUCUUUUCUUUUCAAAAAUGGAUUCCACUCAUCAAACCCUACCCCAAGAAAUCCAAGAAUCCAGCCCAGAACAGCAGCAGCAAUUACUUGCCAUUGUUCCUCCUCAAUCGUCCCCUCCGUUUGCCACUGCUUCUCUUUCUCUAUCUCUCUCCACAAUUCUUCCUACCCACUUUUUUAACCAACCCAAAAUAACGUCUUUAUUCUCCUCUGCACCAACCAAAGCCAGAAUCCCUUCUCAAGCUUCUGCUUUAACCCACCUUUCUCUCUCUUCACAGACGCUUCACCAUCCAAGACUCUCAUUCAAAUCCACCAUUUCUGCUAACCCUUUACACAACACUCUCUCCUUAGGCCCACGCCGACCUUCUGACCCUUCAAAUGCUGCUGGUAUUCGUCGAGCUUCCAUUGUUUGGUUUCGCAAUGACUUGCGUGUCCAUGAUAACGAGUGUCUUAACUCUGCUAACAAUGAGUCUAUGUCUGUUUUACCUGUUUAUUGCUUUGACCCAAGAGAAUAUGGCAAAUCCUCCUCUGGGUUUGAUAAAACAGGGCCUUAUCGUGCAUCUUUCUUGAUCGAGUCUGUUACUGACCUUCGUAAGAAUUUGCAGGAUAGAGGUUCUGAUCUUGUUGUUAGAGUUGGGAAACCUGAAACUGUAUUGGUUGAAUUGGCAAAGGCUAUUGGCGCUGAUGCUGUUUAUGCUCAUAAAGAGGUUUCUCAUGAUGAGGUUAAAGCUGAGGACAAGAUUGAGGCUGCUAUGAAAGAUGAGGGAGUUGAGGUUAAGUACUUCUGGGGCAGUACUCUGUAUCAUGUUGAUGAUCUUCCUUUUAAGUUGGAAGAUAUGCCUUCAAAUUAUGGUGGAUUCAGAGAGAAAGUUCACGGUUUGGAGGUUAGGAAGACUAUUGCUGCAUUGGAUCAAUUGAAAGGGAAGCCAUCAAGAGGUGAUGUGGAACCCGGAGAGAUCCCUUCUUUGCUGGAUUUAGGCCUCAACCCAACACAGGGUGGAAAGCCAGCUGCUACUGCUUCUAUGGUGGGAGGGGAGACUGAAGCACUGCAGAGGCUUAAAAAAUUUGCAGCAGAAUGCCAAGCACAACCACCUAAAGGAGGCAGCCAGGAUAGCAUUUAUGGUGCAAACUUCUCCUGCAAAAUUUCUCCAUGGCUAACAAUGGGAUGCAUCUCUCCCCGUUCAAUGUUUGAUGAGCUAAAGAAAACUGCUACUAGAACCAUUUCUGCUGCCUCAAAAGGCAAUGAUGGUGGCAGCCCUCCAGACACUGGAAUGAACUGGUUGAUGUUUGAGUUGUUAUGGAGGGAUUUUUUCAGAUUUAUCACCAAGAAGUAUAGUUCUCCAAAGAAACAGCUUGAAGCUACUCCUGCCACAGCUUGCACGGGUGCCCUUGCUUAAGCAAGAAUUUUAUUUUGGUGGUCAAAAAGGAAGUUUGCUCACUACAUGGAUUGCGAUCUAUAGUAAUCAUUUUCGAGUUUCGACAGCGUAGCAAGUAGAUGUUGUAGCAGUGUUGAGUAACGGGAGUUAUCCCCUGUCAAACUUUAGUUUCUCCCUGUCAAAUAAGUUUAUUGAAUUUUGUCAUUUCUAUAUUUAAGAAAUAUCUUCUAUUUUUGCAUCCCUCUUGUGAAUAACAGAUCUCAUAAUCCUGGUUCGUUCUGGAUUUUAUCUGUUAUCACAGCUUUAUAUUGUUUGAUAAUAUGGCUGAAAUGAAGUAUCUGCAUUUCUUUUGUU